AUGCAGGGCGCGCGCCUCGGGGGCUGCCCCAGUUCCCCCCUGCAGCUCCGCGCUGCUCAGGACCGGUGUCCGACUUUGCCUCUCCCGGAACCUUUAAGGCCGGCACCCCGAGCCAAGUCAGCCCUGCAGCCCGCGGCGCCGGAACUUGGAGGUGCGGUGAGUGGGGGUGGGGCGCUGGGCCGGCGGGAGGUGGCUGUGGCCGGGUGCCGGUUCCUGGCUCUAGAAGUCCUUUCGCGUCUUCUAGAAUCUGGGGCUGCAUUGGCCCUCCGAGCUCUCCCGACUGCCAAUGUCGAAGAGACAGCGGGUCCAGACCAGGGACAUCCCCUACACCCGCGUCCAGGACUUGGGUUUCUUCCCUCUUCCAGGGGAGAAGCCCUCCCACUGGGCGUCGCGGCGAGCCCCCAGUGGUUUCCGUUUGCUUUUUUACAGUACCCUCCACCCCGCCCCAGCCCGGCCCCACUCGGGCCUUGGUCCCACCGCAAAGGGGCGAGGAAUCCCCGGAAGAGUCGCGAUGACUGGGGAGUCCGGGACCUCGGCUCCCGGUGGAGGAGCUGCCGCCACUCUGUUGGUCUUGGGCUAGCCCAGCUCCCAGGAUCCUGGGCUGGAGAGACUCGUCGCGGCCCCGGGCCCGUUGGCACCGGCAGGAAGGAGGACCCGGCGGCGGGCUCUGCCUGGGCUUGCCUGGGCUUGUUCCGAGCCGGCUGCUUCCCGGUGACCAAGCAGAUCGGGGGCAUUUGGAGAUUUUGCGGGAGUCCUGCAGCCAAGCCCCGGGGCAGGAGAGGCCUGGAAGCCUGCACUACCUGCUCGCUCCGCCCAGCGGGCACCCAGGUAAACGCUUGUGUUUCUCAGUCUGUGUGAAAGUUUGAAAAGAAGGAGGCGGGGAACUAGACCAACAACUUGAAUAAUCAUAGUCAUCAUAAUGAAAACCCUGUUCAAUUGUGUAUCCUGUGUCAUAAGGGGAGGACUUUCCAAGAAGCAACAAAAUGCUCUUUGAUUUCAUCAUCUCUGGGGAGAAAGGGUUCCUUUUUGGGGGGUUUUGCCUGGCUAGUUCUUUCUUCGCUCCUCGCUCUCCAGCGUGGUGCGAGGAAGUCCGACGGGUCCAUGGGUGGAAAAUGGCUCACGCCUGUAAUGCCAGCACUUUGGGAGGCCGAGGCGGAUGGAUCACUAGGUCAGGAGAUCAAGACCAUCCUGGCCAACAUGAUGAAACCCCGUCUCUACUAAAAAUACAAAAAUUAGUUGGGCGUGGUGACACGUGCCUGUAGUCCCAGCUACUCGGGAGGGUUAAGGCAGGAGAAUCCCUUGAACCCGGGAGGUUGCAGUGAGCCGAGAUUGCGCCACUGCACUCCAGCCUGGACAGAGCAAGACUCUGUCUCAAAACAAACCAAAAAAAAGUGGAGGCAUUGAUACAAGCCAGCCACGGUUGUAAAAAAAAUCUCGCAAGAAUGGGAAAGGAAAAAUGCUUCGGUCACUAAAGUAGCGUUGUCUAAGAGGUUGAGGCUUUGGUGGACUUUUGCUCUAGAAAAGGGGAACCGGAGGGGCUUUCAGCCAACCUGGCCCCGAGGUGAACGCGCGCGCCCUCUGCUGCCCAAAGCUCUGUCCUGCCUGGGAGCCGCCGGUGGGGAAGGAGACUGUGGGGAAGGUGGUCCCUGGAG